CGACAGAAUGAUGUCAUCACGAUACCAGCAUCAAUUGGCUUUCUCAGCAAAGUGAAAGCGGAAUGAUUGAGGAGAGUGGGAAGAGGAGAAGGACGAUGGCAGAGAAGAGACAGCUGUUCAUGGAAAUGAGGGCUCAGAAUUUUGAUGUCAUCAGACUUUCAACAUAUCGGACUGCCUGCAAAUUGAGAUUUGUGCAGAAAAGAUGUAAUCUUCAUCUUGUUGAUAUCUGGAAUAUGAUUGAAGCUUUCCGAGACAAUGGCCUUAAUACAUUGGAUCACAACACAGAGAUCAAUGUUUCUCGACUAGAAACAAUAAUUUCAUCCAUCUACUACCAGCUAAAUAAACGCCUUCCUUCUACUCACCAGAUCAGUGUGGAGCAAUCCAUUAGCCUUCUCCUCAACUUUAUGAUAGCAGCAUAUGACAGUGAGGGCCAUGGGAAGUUGACAGUAUUUUCCGUUAAAGCUAUGUUAGCAACCAUGUGUGGUGGGAAAAUACAAGACAAACUAAGAUAUGUUUUCUCCCAAAUGUCAGAUUCCAAUGGAUUGAUGAUAUUUACAAAGUUUGAUCAGUUUUUGAGAGAAGUGUUAAAACUUCCAACAGCUGUAUUUGAAGGGCCUUCUUUUGGAUACACAGAACAUUCUGUACGGACAUGUUUCCCACAGCAAAAAAAGAUAAUGCUAAAUAUGUUUUUAGACACAUUGAUGGUUGAUCCACCCCCCCAGUGCCUUGUGUGGCUACCUCUCAUGCACAGACUUGCACACGUUGAAAACGUCUUCCAUCCUGUGGAAUGUUCAUAUUGUCGCUGUGAGAGCAUGAUGGGUUUCCGGUACCGAUGCCAGCAGUGCCACAACUACCAGCUGUGUCAAAACUGUUUUUGGCGUGGCCAUGCAAAUGGCCCUCAUAGCAACCAACAUCAGAUGAAGGAGCAUUCCUCUUGGAAAUCGCCUGCAAAGAAGCUGAGCCAUGCAAUUAGUAAAUCUCUCGGUUGUGUGCCCACUAGAGAGCCACCUCAUCCAGUAUUCCCAGAACUGCCAGAGAAGCCACUUGAUCUAGCUCAUAUCGUGUGAGUAUCCAUUUGUAUGUAUCUUUCCCUUAACCACAAACUAAGUCAAUAACAAUCAGCUGUUCAUGGAUAUGUUUGAGGGCAAAAUUUGGGGGGUUUAGUUCCAUUUGGAUUGACCAUUGAGUUUUUAAGAGGGGUGGUUUUGUAAGUCAGAAAGGAUCCACUAAACAUAUUUAUUAUUUCACAUGCGUUCUCUCAAAAUAUGUUAAAUAAGUAAAUCAGUAUUCUGUCAGCAGAAGAAUGACUGACACAUAGGCUAUGUCUACAC